GCCAGUUGGUGGUAUUUGGUAUAGGUUUGUAUAGGUAUAGAAAAAGAGUUAUCAUCAAAAAAUAUAUUUUACUUGAACGACUUGGAGGGAGGGAUACAACGACUGGAGUACAAAACUGUACAAAACUAUACCUAUACGAUGGCCGUAAUGAGAUUGAGAAUCAUGAGCAUCAUGAGAAUGAGAACAGGUGAUAGUGGGUGAUAGUGGUAAUGAUGGACAGUCUGAUCACUGGAUGUGGUUAUUUUAAAAAAUAAUAUUUUAUCAUAUACUUGUCGCUGAUUGUCACCAGUCUAUGCGUAUAUGUGUUCUGUGUACAAUUUUUAAUCUCAGUGUAUACGUGUACAUAUAAUAUAUAUACGACAUAUACCUAUAUUUGUACGUACUUAGUAUUUACAUUACUUUGGAUUUUAUGCUCAUGUUUAAUUAUUUAUAAUACAAUCUUGUGGUAUCUAAGAGUUGUGGUAAUUUUUUUUAACAGCAGUCGCGAUAAUUUUAUUACAAACCCACAUUAAGAAUUCUCUAUACACACACAGACAGCGAUAAUAAUAUGCCAGGUAUGAGUAGAUAAAAAAUAAAAAAACAACUGGAGGUAACGCAAAUACUGUUGUCGACAAUAAGGAAAAAAAACAGUCUGAGAAUGUCGUUUCCACCACUGGUCAGUUCAACACCUCCACCUCUUGAUAAUUAUCGCGAGAGUGAUGAUGAUGAGUUUGGUGACUACGCAGCUGGAGGUCUUGAUGGAUCAUCAACAACCUCUGAAUCACCUAGAAAGUUACUUACUCCAAUUCAAACUCCAACUCCAUCAAUGACAGCGUCUCCGAGGGUCAAUGGAACUGGAGAUUAUUCACUAACUGUUGAUGUAUUGACACGUGAAGAUGGUGAUGAUGAUGAUGGUGGUGGUGGUGUCCUCAGAUCUCGGAUUGAUGAAGAUAUUAUCACUGUAGAAAAAACAGAUGACACAGUGAGCAGUAUAAGGCUAGAUAUUAGGACGUGUAGUGGUAGUUUAAAUAAUAAUAAAUCGGAUUUUAUAAAAAAUAGAGAUAUUAAUAUAGAUGAUAUUUCACGGGAUAAAAGUGAUAAAAACUCGGGUUAUGAAAGCAAUAGAAGUAGCACAAACGAUAUUUGUAAUCGAGAAAAUUUAGAUAAAACAAAUUUAUUACCUAUUAAUGUUAAUGGUGAUGUAGUAAAUAGUAACAAUAGUAGUUUAGCUGAAAGUUUGAAGACUGCAUCAAGUGAUAGGGAUGAUUCGCUAAAUAAUAUUGAGGCUACUGAUGAUCAUGAGCCAUUGAGUUUGAUACUAGAUGAUCCUACUGUUGACAGUGAUUCACAUCAAGACUUGGACAAUGAUUUUUAUGACUAUGAUAAUUACAAUAAUUCAUUGGAGUGUGACAGUCCUCGUCCAAAUGAUAAUCCAGAUUCAGGAUUAAAUUCACCCAAGCAGGAAAUUUUUAAAAGUAAUAAUGUCAGUGAUAAGGAAAUUGUUGAGACGACAAAGCUGAAAAAUUUUCAGAGUACAAUUAAUAUCCAGGAGAAUAAUGAGUCAAUUAAAGUUGAUGAUAAUCAAGGAGAAAAGGUUGAUGACUUUUUUAAAGAUAUAUCUUCAGAUUUUUCGAGUUUUCUUAUCGCUCAUGGCAAUAAUAAAGACUAUGUCAAUAAUUUUACGAUAUCGGAUAUCGAUCAUGAUAUUGAAGAAUCCGAAAAUAAUCACACUGAGGAUAAAAUAAAGAGUUCAAAUGAUUUUAGUGAUUUUAAUUUUGAUUUUGAUAAAAAUAUUUUACCUACGCAUAAUAAUAUUAUUAUUAAUAAUAAUAAUAAUAAUAAUAAUAAUGAUAAUUCCAGUAUUAAUAACAUACAAGAUAAUGUUAUUAAUCUUGACAUUCCACCGUUUGAAAAUCAUGAUAUGAAUGUUAAUGAUGAUUAUGAUGAUGAUGAUGAAUUUGGUGAUUUUAGUGACUUUAAUAAUACAGUUGUCAAUAUGGAAAAUAAUCAAAAUGAUGAUAAAGACUCGAUAAAAAAAAAUGAUAUAGUUAAUGAUACUGAUGAAAAUAUAGAAAAAUUAAACAUUAAUGAUAGUAGUGAUAAUAAUGACUGUGAUUUUGAAAAUUUCAUAGAUUAUCAGUGUACAAAUAAAAACCAAACGAGUGAAUUAAAUGUAUUAGAACCGAAAAAUAUUAUGUCGGAGGGGAAUUCUGAACAGAGCCCACUGUCACUUAAAAUAACGUCGAGUUAUGAAACGAAUAAUGAUUAUGAUGAUUUUCCGACUGGUGAACCAUUCAAAAGUGCCACAACAGCAGCUAAAAUCAUUCCCAAUAGCAGUCAACUAUCGCCAGAACACAAUAAACUAAUGAUAGAUUCAGAAACACAAGAAACAUCAACAGUUACAGAAUGUAAAAUACAGGAUGAUGAUGUUGAUAAUGUUGAUGAUGAUUUUGGAGAAUUUGCUGAUUUUUCCAGUGGACCAGCAGCUGAAAUAAAAGAAUGGACGCCAAAUGUCCAAGAACCAGUCGCUUCCAAUCUAGAUGACGAUGACUUUGACGACUUUUGCAGUAGUUCUGCGAUUGUAGAAACACAUGAAAUAAAUAUAAGAGAGUCCAUAAGUCGAAUAGAUAAUAAGAACGCUGCUAAUAAAAUAGAGGACAUAAUAGCAAAUAUGUUUCCUAUUACUCCAGAAAUUCCAGAGAUUGAUAUAAAAUCAUUGAUUGAGGAAACUGAUAACUUGUGGCAGUCACUCAAGCGCAUUGAAGAGACAAAUGCUCUGUCUUAUCAAUGGACUAAUAGCGUCAGUAAUAAUGUUCUUCUUGGUUCCCUUGGUAUUGAUUCUCGUAAUAUCCUAUUUGGACCUCGUUGGAAUCCAAACAUUCCAAGAUUUGCGGCAAAUUUGGGAUAUGCGCCUUUAGAACCUACAAAAGCUUCUUCCGAAACACAGUUAACAUCAACUUCUAGCACUAAUAAACAACAAAAUUCUACCACUAGUGAUGAAGUGCCAGCAGCUCAAUUUGACUGGAACAGUUCUGGCCUAGUCAAUCCUCUAGAUGCAAGUAAUGGUAAUAAUUUACAUGAGCAAGAAGAAAAUUAUUCAAAAACACGGUCAUCAGAGUUGAUAGAAAAUGAUUUAAUGAAGCCUGUGAAACAAUCUCAGUUGUCUAAAAUCAUUGAACCACUACCAGGACCUAGUACAGUUGAAUGGAAGAAAAAACAAGAUAGUUUUGAUGGUGUCACCAAAAAGAUUGUCAAUCAAAAAUCACGAAUAGAUAAAAUUAAUCCACAAGUACCAGUAACUGGUACCAUAAGCAAAAUUGACGCGAGACCCGAAUCAAUAAAAAUAGACUCAGCAAAAGAAUAUAGCCAUCGUAAAUCAGUAGGGGUUAAACGUGAUAAUUUUGUUGAGCAACAUACAGUAAUGGAUCGUUAUGGAAGACCAAUGGUUGUUCAAGCAGAAACAGUACGAGUGCUAAAACAAUUACCAGAUUUAUCAUUUCUCAGUGCAAGAACGCUACUAUUUAAUCCUGAACAAAAACAAAUUGUUCAGGAUCUUGGUGCAAUGAUAAAUCGUAAAAUGCCUGGCUGAGUUACGUCGGUCUGAAUGCGAGUUUUAAUUAAAUAUAUAUAUAUAUAUAUAUAUAUGAAAGAUUGUCUUGUGUAUUUAAAAUAAGUAUUAAUGACAGUAAUCAUUUUUUUAAUUACUGGUAUUACAAUCGAGUGAAAAAUAUAAUGAAAAAAUUAUAAUUCCAACUUAAAUAAUUAAAAGCUUGUGUUCAGACCAAUCAAAACAAACAAAUUUUUACUUGUAUUUAUUUAUUAUUUUUAUCAUUCAAAAGAUAGUUUAAAAAAACAAUUCAUCACAUAUUUUAAUCGUACUUUUUUUUUUUUUAAUAAUAAUUAAAAAUUUAUUUUAAACAUUCGGUACUUACAUCACUGUAAAUAAAAAAAAAUAAUCAAGUAUUUGUUUGUUUAUCAAUAAAUUAAUGAAAAAAUAAAAAUUUAUUAGCUUAUUGCCAAGAAAAUUAAAUUUAUUAUUAUUUAAUACAUCCGUCAUCUAGUCGACGUAAUUUCUUUUUUUUGUCAUGUUUCUAUUUUAAUCUACUAAUCAUU